AUGGAUGCGGAGAACGAGUACGAAAUAAAGAGAGCUCGUGAUGCAAUUCAGAUGAUUGAGACCAUUCAGUCUAUGAUCGACGUUUCAGCGGAUAGACUUGAGGGUUUACGGACACAAUGUUCGACAAGUGCCGAGCUAACCCAGCAAGAGAUCCGGACCCUGGAGGGCAAGUUGGUGAAACAUUUCUCCCGGCAGCUGGUGUUCAAGGCGCAGUUUGGCGAGGAAUUGCAACGGGAACUGGGCGACGUGCCUUGCCUGGCGCAAUGGCUACGUGUGGUCGGCCUCAGCCCCGAAGCUAUAGAGGCAAUAUGCUCCCGCGUGGCGACCUUAGAGGCGCUCCGCGAGCGUUCCGACCACGAGCUGCGGGCGUUGCUGGUGGCGGCUCGCGACGAGGAGCUGCGCCGCCUCUGUCGCGCCAUGCAGCGACUGCGCACCUACACCGAAGCGCUGGCGCGAGGUGAAGGUGCGGCUGAGCUGCCUUUGUACUGGGACUCGUGGGAGCGACACGCUCGCUCCUCUCCGAGACCGAGGAAAGGCGGCAAGUCACCUACAACACCAGUAAGCAAACGGAAGCAAAACUCACAUCUACCAGCACCCGCCGCCUUGACGAAGUCUCGCUCUCACGAAUCCCAGCUGUCUGUCAGGCCUGACGCCUCCGAUCUUAGCGAUAACAGCCAGUCGUCAGCGCGCGACGGCAUGGAGGGUGCGGAGGGCAGCCCGCCCGCCUCGCCGCGCGACGAGCCUGAGGGCACGCCGCAGCGCAGCGCGCACCACCCGCCCGCCGUCUACAACAACGUAGGCUACGGCGCGCCGCGGUCGCCGCGCACGCCGGUGGGGCGCUGCAUGGCGCACGACAUCGCGCACCGCUUCACCAAGUCCUUCAACAUGAUCGCCACCUGCGACUACUGCGACAAGCAGAUGCUCUUCGGCUCCGGCCUCAAGUGCAAGGAGUGCAAGUUUAAAUGUCACAGAGACUGCGAAAGUAAAGUUCCUCCGUCGUGCGGCUUACCGCCUGGAUUUGUUGUUGCCUUCAAAGAAAAAUUUCACAAAGAUGCGGCGGGCGGGUACUACUUGUGCGCGUCGCCGGGCGCGGGGGGCGCGGCGGGCGCGGGGGCCGCGGGCCGCAGCGCCGGCUUCCUGUCGUCGCUGACGGGCCGGCCGAGGCGUCGUCGCCAGCCGCCGCAACCGCACCACUACUCCGGCGGGCCGGACUCGUCGUCGAACACAUCGUCGUGCAACAGCUCGACGCCGUCGUCGCCGGCGCUGGCCGCGCCCGCCACGCCGCUGCAGCACCACGCCCACCAGCCCGCACACCAGCCCACGCACCAACCCCACCAGCCUCUACACAACAAGCAGCAGUUCCACUUCCCAGAAGUAAAGCCGCCAGUGUCAAGUCCGAACCACAACUCUGCGGUGCAAUCGCCGGCGAGGCCUUCGCCCAAUCACAAAGAAGAUCUCACCUCUAGUAUUAAAAACGAGCGGUGCUGCCUGGUGUCGCUGAGCGGGUCGGGCUCCACCGACAGCGGCGGCGCGCGCGGCGACUCGCUCGACCUGGCCGCGCACGACGCGCCCGACGCGCGCUGGCCGCGCCAGAACUCCUUGUCGAUGAAGGAGUGGGACAUCCCGUACGACGAGCUGAAGCUGUUCGAGAUGAUUGGCACGGGGCGGUUCGGCACCGUGUACCGCGGCAGCUGGCACGGCGCGGUGGCCGUCAAGCUGCUGCACGUGCACUCGCUCACCGACCACUGCCUGCAGCUCGACACCUUCAAGCACGAGGUGGCGACGUUCCGCAAGACGCGGCACGAGAACCUGGUGCUGUUCAUGGGCGCGUGCAUGAAGCCGCCGCGGCUCGCCAUCGUCACGUCGCUGUGCAAGGGCAUGACGCUCUACACGCACAUCCACCUGCGCAAGGACAAGUUCACCGCCAACAAGAGCGUCAUCGUCGCGCAGCAGAUCUCACAGGGUAUGGGAUACCUCCACGCGCGGGGUAUCAUCCACAAGGAUCUCAAAACAAAAAACAUAUUCCUCGAGAACGGCAAAGUGGUGAUCACUGAUUUCGGCCUGUUUAGCGUAACUAAACUUUGUUUCGGAACCAACGCGCGCGGCGACAGCCUGGGCAUCCCGCCGGGCUGGCUGUGCUACCUGGCGCCCGAGCUGGUGCGCGCGCUGCGCCCGCACGCCUCGCUGCACCUGCCCUUCUCCAAGGACACCGACGUCUACGCGUUCGGAACGGUCUGGUAUGAGUUACUCUGCGGUGAAUACCCAUUCAAAGGGCAGCCGCCUGAGGCGAUCAUCUGGCAAGUGGGCAAGGGUGUUAAGCAGUCACUAGCUAACAUGCAAGCUUCUCGAGAUAUUAAAGAUAUCCUAAUGCUGUGCUGGUCAUACCGAGCGAACGAACGACCCGAUUUCCCCCACCUCCUGUCGACGCUGGAGAAGCUGCCGCGCAAGAGGCUCGCUCGGUCUCCCUCGCACCCCGUACACCUGUCCCGCUCUGCGGACUCGGUGUUCUGA